CGUGGAAGAAAUUAACGUGCGGCGCGCGCGAGCGGAGGGGAGAGGAGGAGUAGAAGCUGGUGGAGUAGCUGCGGCACACAGACGGAUGUCAGCGGCUGUGAGGUGUAGCUCCAGUUAACAACUGGGAAAAGUGCCCACUGCCCAGUUUGAUGCGGAAUACACAGCUGUAGGUGUUAGCAGUCCGUGGAGCUCCGCGUUUUGAACGGUCCUCCACGCGCCGAAGCCCCCCUCCCUCCCUUCCUUCCUGGAUGUAACGACGUUUCACCAUCACCACCAGGCAAGAGGAAAAGAAGAAGAAGCCGCUCGUGUGACCGCUGGUUCGGACCACCAUUUCAGUGAUGUUCGGCUAAAGUUUGACAGUGUCGACUCGACGUGUGUGGUUCAUCUGGCUUUGAGGAAGCCCCUCUGUAAAGUCCCAACAUCCUCUAGCAACGAUGUAGGUGGUGGUGGAGACAUGGUGUUUAUGGUGAUGCAGGGCAUUUCAGGGAGGAGGAGCAGUGACUGACACUCUCCUCCGUUUGCCACAUCCUGCACUCCAUGUCUGUCCUGAAAGGACAGCGAGAGUGCUAUGUCAUCAACCACACCCCCUUCGGCCCAACCCUCUAAAAAGGGAAGGAAGCCGGAGAAAUCUGAGGUGAUGGCCGAUUCACCGCAGGCCACCAACGAGGAACUCAGGAGCAAACUCAUGGACAUUCAGAUCGAGCUGCAACAGGAACGGGGCAAGGUCUGUAAGCUCCGUGAGCGUCUGCAGGAACAGCGACAAGCUCGGGAGCUUGAGCAGCACAAACAUGCCGUGGCGCUCACUGACCUGCGCGCCAAACUCCACGAAGAAAAGCUGCGUGAGAUAGCGACUGCCCGCGAGGCCCUGGCGCGGCAGCAUGAAGUCGAGUUGGCCCGGGCAAUCAAGAUCCGGGACGCGGAAGUGCAGAGGCUCCAGGGUCUUGUAAAUGCACUGAGGGAUGGAGCAGCUGACAAACUCAAAAAUGCUCUUCUUGCUGAGGCUCGAGAGGAGGCCAGGAGAGCUUUUGAUGGGGAGAGAAUAAAGCUACAGCAGGAGAUUCAGGAGCAGAAAUUGGCCAGGAAACAAGCUGAGGAAGCAUUGGCAACCGCUCUUCAAGCUGAUAAAGCCAAAGCAGUUGAUCUCCGCACAGCUUAUCAACAGCACCAAGAUGAGGUGCAUCGCAUUAAGCGAGACUGUGAGAAAGACAUCCGUCGACUGAUGGACGAGAUAAAGGCGAAGGAUCGGGUGGUGUGUGCUCUGGAGAGAGAGCUGGGGGUGCAGGCGGGCUACGCCCAGAAGCUUCAGCUUCAAAAGGAAGCCCUGGAUGAGCAGCUGGGUCAGGUACGAGAGGCUGAAAGAUACAACCAUGGCAGCCCCAAGCGAGAGGCGGUCCCUGGGCUUGGAGAAAAUCCAGACUUGCUUAAUAACCAGUUAUUGUCUUCCUCCUCCUCCUCCCCUCUCCCCACUGCUCAACAGGAGGUGGAGGAGCGCGACAUGAGGAGGUUCCAGCUGAAAAUCGCAGAGCUUCACUCCGUCAUUAGGAAACUGGAGGACAGAAAUGCACUGCUGGCAGACGAGAGGAACGAACUACUGAAGCGGGUGCGAGAGGCAGAGAGCCAGAUGAAGCCCAUGUUUGAGAAAAAUAAGCGCCUGUCCAAGAAGAAUGAUGACCUCUUGCAGACGCUGCAGCGUAUGGAGGAAAAACUCAAGAAUUUGAGUCGUGAGAACGCAGAAAUGAAGGAAAAGGCUUCCUCCUCCCGGCCACCCUCGCAGCAACAAUCCACUCAGCCUCAUUUAAAACGAACGAGCUCCCUGACUGACCUUACUCACGCCCACGAGGAACAGGAAGUGGAGUUCCUCAAGCUGCAGGUUGCUGAGCAACGUGGCAUCAUUGAUGAGCUCACGCAGGAACGUGACAAAUUCGUGACGAACAAGAAAAACCGAAGGAAACCACCCAAGCUGGCAAAAAGGCAUGUUGUGGAGACAUAUUUUGGAUUUGAUGAAGAGUCAAUAGACUCUGAGACAUCAUCUCUGACCUCGUAUAACACUGACCUGACUGAUCGCACUCCUGCCACUCCUGAGGAGGAUUUGGAAGAGACUGUUUCUCGUGAAGAGUCAGAGCUUCGUUUUCGUCAACUCACCAGAGAGUAUCAGGCUCUUCAGCGGGCGUACGCACUUCUGCAGGAGCAGAACGGAGGCACGCUGGAUGCUGAGCGGGAGGCCAGGAAUCGUGAGCAGCUGCAAAUGGAGCUCAGCAGCUGCCAGGCAAAGAUUGUGGACCUGGAGAAAGCCCUGGCAGAGAGGGGGCAGGAUUCAAAGUGGGUGGAGGAGAAACAAUACUUGAUCAGGACCAACAAGGAGCUGCACGAGAAGAUCUGUACGUUACAGCAGGCGGAGUCGCGGCUCCAAGCUGAGGUUCAGGACUCCCGGGACCAAAAUGAGCUGCUUGAAUUCAGGGUGCUGGAACUGGAAGAAAGAGAACGGAGAUCUCCUGCUCUGAAUCUCCACAUGUCCACAUUUCCUGAGAACAGUAGCAGUGCCCUGCAGAUCUACUGCCACCAGGAGGGAGUGAAAGAUGUAAUCAUCCCUGAGCUGAUGAAGAAGCUGGAUAUUCUGGGAGAUAAUGGGAAUCUCAGAAAUGAGGAGCAGGUUGCAGUGAUCCAGGCUGGGACAGUGAUCUCACUCUGUGAAAAGUGGUUAAAGCAAAUAGAUAACACAGAGGCUGCCCUGACACAGAAAAUGAUUGACCUGGAAAAUGACAAAGAGUUGUUCAGUAAGCAGAAAGGAUUUCUUGAGGAGGAGCUGGAUUACAGAAAACAGGCCUUGGAUCAAGCCUACAUGAGGAUCGAGGAGCUGGAGGCCACGCUGUAUAGCGCUCUGCAGCAGGAGCAGCCGGCAUGCCGCGCGGUGGCCGAGUCGCUGACAGACAGGCAGAGGGAGGAGCUGAGGCUAGCCGUGGACAAGCUGCGGCGUCAGAUUCUCCGGCAGAGCCGGCAGUAUGACAGUCAGAUCUUACAGGAGCGCAUGGAGCUCCUACAGCAGGCGCAGCAGAGAAUUAGAGAGCUGGAGGACAGGAUUGACAUGCAAAAGAUACAAAUAAAGGAAAUUGAGGAAAAGUUUUUGUUCCUCUUUUUAUUUUUCUCUUUAGCAUUUAUUCUUUGGCCUUAAAGAAAAUGAUCAUGGACUCUCAUCAGGUUUUGAGAUGCUAAGGCAAGCAAAGAUGAAAAACAACUGUUUUUAUGAUUUCUGAAAAACUUAUGGCCUUUUUGAUAAAACAUGCACUUUGCAGAAGACCCUUACUUGGAAUGCAACAUGUUAGUAACUUAUUAAAUAACUGUAUAUAUCUGAGAUUAAAGUGAAAUUAUUUAUAAUAAGAAGCUACAAUAGCGUUUUUUGGGACCUUUUAAAUACUUCUUGUGAGAAGAAAACAAUGUAUUUUUUUUUGAGAAAAAACUCAGAGGAUUUUAUUGGAAUGGGGGAAAACCCACAGCCUCUGCUGAAGGAAUGCUCAGUGGAAAAGAAGCGAUGGAGGGAGGAGAAAAACAAAAGUACAGGGUUGAAUGAGGGGGAGAAGAGGCUGAGUGCCAAAUGGACAUGGAGAAUUCUUGUAACGUCCAAGAUCCGUGGUGUUUCUAAGGAGACGAGUGCAACAAAGUUUACAGAUCAGACACUGGACCUACUGAAGUCUGGAUGAAAGGAUCACACUACAAUCAGUGGAAAGGGAAAAACAGUUCUCGUGCUACAAGUCCAUUUUUCUCAGUGGAGAGAGGCUGAUCGGUGGAGGAUCACAUGACCUGAACAGACACGGAAGAAGCAGCUCAGCUACCGUGGUAACAGACUAUAGGGACUGACAYGGACUCGCAGGUUGUGGAUAACGUAGGCGAGUUCGUGAAGCAGAAAGCAGAUUGGCCGUCCAGUCUGAAAGCUACCUGA